GCCAGCACGUUGUGCCGAAACACAUAGACUGAUCACUGUUGCUGUACGGCGGCGAAAGGACCCCAUACUCACCGAAUUUGUGACCGAAAGGAUAGCCAAGUACCUUGGGUGACCACCUUUGGCUUUAUCAGGCCCGCCCUCAAUUUCUUGCAUUCCCUUUAUCUUUGCUACUGUUUGUAUAUACAUGGCGAGAUAGAUGAGCCAGCUUGCAGCUUCGAUCCCCUCCUCAAGCGGCGCUUUGCAGUGAGGUCUGCACAAUCCACAUACUCGAGAUCAGAACUAUGACCGUCUUGAAAUCGCUCUGCUGCCUGUUCGCCUUUACUUCAUUAUUUUCUGCACGCGCAAACGCGGCAAUCAUCGUUGAUGAUUCACAAUGGAACACGAAUGCUCUACAAUUGAGUGACGGCUGGAACAUGGCUAGGCCAACUCAGAUUGAGAUGCUCAACGAGACAGAGGUGGAACGAAUGCAGGAAUUUGGCUUGCAAAACUUCUUCAACAGCUCGAUCUCAUGGACUCGAACCGAACGAGCAUGGAAUAUCAUCACCUUCAGAGGCUCUACGAUCGAGAUUUUCGGUGUACGCAGUCCGGAUUCCGGGCAUCUCACAGUCGAAAUCGAUGAAGAAGAGGUCGUCUCCAUCAACGCGUAUUCGGAUCGCUUCAUCACGAAUUCGUCCAUCUUCAAGACGACGGAUCUUGGAGCGGAAACAACGCACAGUCUCCGCCUAAUCAAUGGUAACGGAUUGAUGUACUUCGAUUAUGCUGUAGUGGGCAACCAGUCAGUAUCGAGCACGACAUCAUCUAAACCCUCGCCAACCGGUUUGAUCGUUGCCUCCGGAGUUGAGACUAGCCGGAAGUCGACCACAUCUGUAACGCCGGGUGAGGCGAUGAUGAACAUGGGGCUGGAUCCUGCCAAGGUGGCUCUACUCGCGGUGACUCCACAUUUCGAAUGGAACUGGCGCGUAUACUUCACCAUCGCAUUUACGGCCUUUAUGGCCAUAGUCGCAAUCAUCCUCAUCCUGAUGCAAUACCGGAGGGAUCAGAAACUGAAAUCCCGCAUCAGCCGCAGCUUCUUCAACAGCGCGCCGGUCGCGGUACAGAAAAUCAAGGGCUUCAAGCCUAACCGUAAAAGCGCUCUGGGAAAGCCUCGCACAUAUCCUACUGACUUGGAAGCGGGCGACAUCGUUAGACGGCCGCUGCAGUCCGAUCCGUCACCAAUGAGAGCGAGGAGUGCCAGCCUGGACAGUAUCUCUGGGAUGCCUAGGGCUGCUCGGCAGAUCACACUGGCAGAAGCAUUGAAGGAAGAGCGGUCGGCCGGAUCGCAUACAGGUCAGGCUCUAUAG